UGACCCAGUUUAAUAACAAAAGUGGUUGAGGACAGAUAAACAAUCAUAAGACAAAGUCUAUGAAAGACGAGUUAAUUCUUUACGGCUAUCCAACAUUGACAAGCGGGUGGAUUUUCAUUAUUGCAAGCUUUUUAUUACAACGUUUUCAAUUGAUGGAUAAAAUUUAAACAGCUGACAACAAUGUCUGUGGUGCAGUUUGUUUGGCUACUUCUUGUUUUUGUUCUGGCAAUACACAUGAGCAGGGCCAGAUGGUGCACCCGUCUGAAGAUUGAAAAACAUCUAGAGACAUUUACAGAGAUAACACAGUGUACGCAGCCUUACCAGGCAAAGUGUGGUUGGUUUACUAAUGGCAUGUGCACAUAUUACGAGACUUAUGAAUGUGCACUGGAGCGUAAUCGAACUAUAGAUAAAAUUCGAGUUAUAGAAGAGUGCUGCAAUGGAUACGAGAUUGACCCAAGCAACAAUUACUCAUGUAUCAGAAUUCCUGAACAUACCAUGAAGCUUUACGAUACAUAUGAGAGCACUCUGUUUGGCCUGUCUCAUGGAGCCUACGCUGGUAUCAUCUGCACAGCCCUAUUUGUUUUCUGUGUUGCCAUUUUGGUUGCCAUACGUUUGCAUAAAAGACAAAGAAAUGCAAAAUUGCGAGUUAUAAAUCAGCCAGCUGAGAAUGGCGUAACAGAAAAGAUGAUGUCUGCUGUAUAAAGCAAGGUUUAGUUUCUCAAAGUAAUUAAUCUUAACCCUUUCAGGACUAGGAGUUUAACUCUUUUAGGACCAUGAGUUUUGUUUCUUGGAUUAAAUACAAGCUUCAGCACAUUCAUUGUUAAGGAUGUAAAGACUUAUAGACUAGUGUUCAUAAAAGUGAGAAUUUCUUUUAUUAACACUCAAAAGCAAGUGGUCCUAGUAAACAGCCAGUAACAAUAAUACAUGAUGAAAUGAUCAUACAGAACUGAUUGUGAAUCUGUGUGGUAUGAUGCAACCUGUUGUUUUAAUGGUUUUAAAAUUUCUGUGUCCGUUGUCAUGGACAUAUGGAAAGUGAGCUUUACAUUUUCAUUACAAUGUUACUUGUGAUUUAAAAAGAUCAUCAUACAAAAUCAGUAUUUAUUGAGCAGUUGUCUUUUUUUUUUUUUUUCUUCAGCAUUGUCUUAUUUUGUUUCACUAUCAGGUACUCGGCUGUGACAAAAAAUUGUUGUGAUCCUGGUUUUUCAUUUUCAGUUACUCUUUAAGCACAUCAAAUAUGGUAUUCAUAUACAUCUUUAAUUGAAAAAAAAAAUCUUUUUAAACAACUUUCUCACAUCAGUGAACUGUAUUUUGUCUUUUAGAUUUGUAAAUUUAUUUCCCUUUACAAUAAUUACUGUUGUAACAUAUUUCAUCUAGUAAAUUCAUACUCACAAUGCAAUAUUUAUUAUAAUGAAAUGUUAUAGUUAUACCUUCUGUUGGAUGUAGUUUAUUGUUAAUCUUUUUUUUUACUUUCACUAGGUAAGGGACGUAAUUCUAAAUUUUAUAUGCAUAGACUAAUUAAAAGCACUAGGAAAUGUAUAGUACUUUUCAUUCAUUUAUGGACCAAAUUAAAAUUAACUUCAAGGAACAUAAAUAAAUAUUUUUAAAAGUUGGCUUAAUUUAUAAUGGAUAAUAGGGUAACUUGUACAUUAUUUUGUCAUGGAUGCUCAAUGUCAUUGAGAUUUACUUUACAGUCAAUGCAAUGUCAUUUUUUACUGUUAUUUAGGUAUUGCAAAGAACAACUGUUUUUAUACAUGCUGUUAAUUAUUGUGUCUGCAUGUAAUGAUUGUGUAUGCGGUUAAUGAUUGUGUUUUCAAGUGGUUGCCAUGGUAAAAUUUUAUGAACAAAAUGUUUACAUGUUUGUGUGCUUCCAUUUAAUGGUGUUCAAAAACUUUGCUGUGGGGUUAAUAAAUAUACAUUUAAUUUUUUAAUUUUACUAAAAAAAACACCAGGCACUGGUUUGAGUUCUGCUUUAAGCAGUAUAUAUUUGGUUAUUUUUACUAGUGUUCACAAUUUUGGCACUAAAUGUUCUUAGCUUCACUACACAUAUUUGCCAAUUAUGUUUAAAAAUUUCUUUCUUUUUGUCUAGGCAAGUUUAUGUUAAACAUUUUAGACCUAAUUUGGGUUGUCUUUUAUAAUAAAGUAUAAAAAGAUUGGGACAGCAGUUUUUUAAGAAACAAAUCAGCAAAGACGGGGCCUAUUUAUUAACUCAAAAAAAGUCUACAAAAUUGUGUGUUGUAUUUAUUUUUCUGCAUUUAAAAAACUUUUUCAAAUGUA